ACCGUUUCAACCAUUGUGAAUCAGCACAUAGUCGCUGCGGAAUUUGGCUACCUAACAGACCAGUAUCAUUCGCUUUACUUUUUGGUCCAAUUCCCUACUUCGAACCAUUGCGAUAGGAAAAGAAUCAUCGCACAAUCAUCGCUUCUUUCCAAUGCUUCUAAGAAGUGUGAGAAGUGCGACCAACACGAGAGCAAUCUCCCACACGACCGAACCUCAUUUCCAAAAGCCCUACGAAGAUACAUAUUAUAGGAGAAAGUCCGAUACGAUAUAAAAUAGAAUAUUCUAUCGGGGCCGAUAGAUAUUCAAUAAGCCCGCAAAAUGCCUUCCAUAUUGUCAGACGAUGAUAAAGAGACGGUCAAACGCAUGGUACCAAAGGCCUCGAACAAAAUACAGGCAGUAGCAGUCGCCCGUCUAUAUAUUGCUUAUCCCGAUCGUCACAAAUGGACAUACACUGGUCUACAAGGAGCGGCAGUUCUUGCGAAUGAUCUUGUCGGAAAUACCUACUGGAUAAAACUUGUCGAUAUCUCGUCUACGAAUAAAGGCGUCAUAUGGGACCAAGAGAUAUAUGAUACUUGGUCAUAUAACCAAGAUCGGACAUUCUUUCAUACCUUCGAAACAGAAGAAUGUUUGGCUGGAUUGUCCUUCGUAGACGAGAAGGAAGCCAAAACCUUCAUGAAAAAGAUGAAUGAUCGAGAAAAGAAUGCUAGUAAAGCUACAAAGGCCAAUCCUUUUGGAGGCGCUGCGCCGGCUCAUAAACACAGUCUCCUCGGUGGAUUUUUCGGUGGACACAGACAUUCUUCUGCUCCAUCGAUACAACCUACUCCCCCCGAUUCGCCUAGUUACGUACUCCCACCUUCACAACCGGCGCAUACAUCGCAGAACCACAGGCACUCGGGUGGAAGCUUCAGGACAGGGCAGGCCGAAUACGCAGCUUUGGAAGCGAUCGAUCCUCAUUGGCGAGAAACAUGGGGCGAGGACUUGAGAGAAAUGGGUAUUACAGACGACAUAAUCAGGGAUAAUCAGGAUUUUAUUGCAGACUAUAUUCGAGAAAAGCAAGCUCAACAAGUUAUAACACCUACGCCUAGUGGUAUCGAAAAUCAAAGAAAUAAAGCCCCUCCUCCACCUCCACCUCCAGCAGCACCUCGAACCCGUUCCGAUAGUCCUCAGAGUUCUACUGCUGGUCAUGGACGAGGUGCACCACCUCCACCUCCUGCACCAAGGCGAUCCAAAGCAGAUAUUGCUCGAGAGCCAACACCACCAAGAGAGCCUUCACCACCCAGGGGUCCCCCUCCCCCUAGGUUUGCAGCUCCACCGCCAUUCGCAGAUGCUGGAAAAUUUGCGCAUACCAAUGAUAGAGCACCUUCUCGAGCACAUGCUUCUUCUAAUCCAGGGCCACCCCCACCACCUAGGCCUGCGAAAACCCCUAUCGAAGAUUACGAACCAGGGGAAUCAGGUUCGAGGUUUGGAGUUCCUCCUCCUUUCACGGGAACAAGAAUUACGGCACCACCUCCUACCCCACAACGAGGUCCUGUUCCACCCCCGCCUCCUAGAGAUAUCCAUCAAUCACAUAGUAGUCAUGCUAUACCGCCUGCACACAUUCCUCCUCCGCCUUUACCGCCCAAAACUCCAGCGUCUCCGGGUGCUCCCCCCUUGCCUCCUGCUUCUACUCGCCCUGUACCUUUACCUCCGAGAGAUACUGCACCACCUCCACCUCCUUUGCCUCAAAUGAGCGCCCCACCUCCACCUCCUUUACCGCAAUCCGCUGCACCACCUAUUCCAUCAUCUGCUGCUCCUCCACCUCCCCCACCACCUGGACCACCCCCAGCAUUUGGAGGACCACCUCCCCCUCCACCUCCACCUAUGCCAUCAUUUGGCGGUCCUCCACCACCUCCACCUCCUCCAGGAAAUGGACCUCCAGCUCCUCCACCUCCACCACCACCUCCAAAUCGCGAUUCUGGCCAUGCUUCGGGUGCUCCACCGCCACCUAAACCUACUGGUGAUCGUGCAGACCUAAUGGCAAACAUUCAAAAGGCCGGUGGUAUUGGAGCUCUCAAAAAAGUUGAUCGAUCGCAAAUUAGAGACAGAAGUGCUGCUGCCGUUCCUGGUGCAGACACUGGACCUGCGGGUAGUGGACUUCCUCCAGCUGGUGCAUCUUCAGGGGGCGGAGGCGGAUUGGCGGAUGCAUUAGCAGCUGCUUUGAAUAAGAGAAAGCAGAAAGUUAGUGCUAGUGAUGACGAAGCGGAAGAUGAUGAUUGGUAGAUGUGAUGAUGUGAUUAGUUGUUUAGUUUUGUAGAGGAAUGAAGUCAAAAGGGGGCGAACUUUGUAGUUUAUUGAGCGUUUACUUAGUCAAGUAAAGAAGAGACGUUCAGUCAAAGCCCUAUUAGUCGGAAUUGGCUGCUGUAAAGUAACGUGGUUGGCUUAAGAGAUACGGGUAACUCGAGUACAAGGAGUUUUAGUAGUUAAAUCAAUCGAAAACAUUAAAAAUUGUAAAUUAAAG